GCUGCCCUCCAAAGUGUUAUAGGCACAUGCUGUUGGCUCGUGUCUUAUCACUUGUCCUUGAUAAAAAGCGUGUACCACAUUAUUCUCAAUGCGCUCAGUUUGCUGUCUGAUCUAAACAAUUUUUUGUUUAAUGAAAAAUAUGGCCAAACUGUUUUGGAUCAUAUUUCUAUACUUUUGUCAGUACAGUUUUAUCAAAGGAUUCCUGCUUCCAAACGAAUUCCGUAACGUUGUUGAUAUACUCGAAACUAACAACGGUGGUCAGUUUGGAACAUGGAGGGAUGAUCAGUAUUGCGCGAGAUCAACGUAUGCGGUUGGUUAUAGAAUAAAGGUUCAAUCAAGUCAGGGAAGCGAUGACGAUACAGCUCUCAAUGGCAUAACUUUGGUAUGUGCAACUGUCAAUGGUUCUUUCGGUGGCGACAUCACCUCUGGUAUUGGAGAGUUCGGUUCAUGGCAUACUCCUGCGUACUGUCCACACGAUGAUCCACAUGGCGUCGAAGUCAUGGUUCAAUUCCGGUUGAAAGUUGAACCAGACAUGGGAGGCGAUGAUGACACGUCCGCAAACGAUAUCGAGUUCCAAUGCUGGGACUUACACGCCAGACUCCAUACUGUACCCACAGUGAGCAACGUCAACGAUCAGGGAGGUCAACUAGCAGGAGACACUGUACACGCCCCGGGAGGCCUAGCCAACGGUAACUGGGCCUCAAGCAAUAGGUGUCCGGUGAACUCCGCCAUCUGUGGCAUUCAAACAAGGGUGGAGACCUUUCUUUCCGACAGAGGCGAUGACUCCGCUCUGAAUGACGUUAAAUUCUUUUGUUGUCAGGAUUAGAACAAUCUACUUUGAUGUAGAAUACGUACCAAACUUUACAGAAGUUUUCUUAUUAAAAAUAAUAAAGCACCUUACUAAUGAUUUAAACAUACUAUUUACUAAAAUGCAUUUAAUAACUGAAUAAAUCAUGAUAAUGCAAUAACUUGACCUUAAACACGUAUAUUGUGGUCAUCAAGGACUAGUUUCGGAUUGACUUCGUGAGUAAAUUUUGAAUUGGUGAUUUUCUAUGAAGAAUAGGCAGGAGAGACUGUUUUAGUACUAUUUUUAAACUGUUUAAUGUACAUAUAAAUGUAAGUAUCAUGUACCAGUAUCAAAGACAUGUGUUAAAGAUGUGAGGGUAUUUGGGGGAAAAAAUAGAUCUCUUUUGAAACUCCCUCUUGCAAAAUAGACUGGUUUCAUUUAGUAAUACUUGAUUUCUCAAAUUAAUAUUAAUGAAGCCUGUAAGAUGCACAGAUCAAUGUGGAAUUAUAUUGAUAACAGUCAACAUAGGACAGGUGUAUAUUAUUAUCAGUGUACCAGGGAUUUACGGAAUGUGAUAUUCUGCAUCAAAUACGCAUUAAUUGCGAGUCAGCAUUCGUCCGAUUUUCAAAUUCUCGUCAUGGCGACACAAUCUUUAUAAAGUACAAGAUAGACAACUCCACUACGGUGUAUUUUACAACGCUGUACAAGUUGUCUUUCGUUUUUAAGUGUUGGCCAAUAUUAGGCUCGCUCGCUUUCUCUUGUAAGGUACAUGAAGAAUACUUGAACAAUUAUCGAAUAGAUGAAAUGCAUUUGCGCUGUUAGCAAUAUUAGGUGAUACGAAGAACAGCCAAUCGAGAUUAAAUUGUGUUUUUUUUAUAAACAGAAACCUGAAAUUAUCGAUCUGAGUCCUGCAUGGUUACCUAAUGUCUGUAAAAACCCUCAAUUUAGGCAAGAAUGAAUAAUGAUAAAUAAAACUUAUUAUUUAUUGAAAUGCAACCAUUUGUCUUUACAACUGAAUAUUUAGUAUACAAUCAACUAAUAUUUAAGGUGAGGAGGUCUGUUUGAUGUUGUAGGGUUUUAAAUUGUGAAAGAUGCGUCAGCGUAAAGCGUACAAACUUUCGCCAUCGCUACCACCGUGAAGAGUUUGGGGAAACAGAUGAGUUGGGCUAAAUUCCUACUACACUGACACUGAACUGUUUAAAGCCACACCUUGAAAUUAAAGUAAAUUUAAGUAUAAAUAAGAAACAUAUUUUAUCUAUGCCAAUUAGAAUAGAUCUGGCGGUCGCAAGGUAGAAAUACGUUUUUUUUUGCGCUUUAAAACUUAAAAAUAAUCGCGUUUGUUGAAAUGGGCGUAUACGUCUAGAAAUCUUACUUUAAAAAAGUAGUUUUAAAAGCGGUACCGUUUGAAAAAUAAUAAAUUACUUGCUAACUAGGCUAUAGAUUUAAUUUUAUCUACUUUAAAAAAGUAGUUUUAAAAGCGGUACCGUUUGAAAAAUAAUAAAUUACUCGCUAACUAGGCUAUAGAUUUAUGCCAAUUAAAAUAUAUCUGGUGGUAACAAGGUAGAAGUCUUUUUUUGCUCUUUUAAACUUAAAAUUAAUCGCGUUUGUCGAAAUGGACGUAUACGUAUAGAAAUCCUACUUUCGGUUUUAAAAUUAUAAUAAAAAUAACUUGCAAACUAGGCUAUAGAUUUAAUUGUAUCAAUGCCAAUUAGAAUCUAUCUGGUGAUUACAAGGUAGAAAUCCGUCAUUUUUGCGCUUUAAAACUUAAAAAUAAUCGCGUUUGUCGAAAUGGACGUAUACCGUAGCUCGAACGGAGCCCAUACAGACACCGGGAGAGCUACGUUAACGCCCCGGUUGUCGCCGGUGAAUGCCGGUAGAGUCCCUGUAUAGCGACGGUAAAUCGGUUAACCGGCGCUCUGCUGGGACUCCACCGGCAUGCACAAGGGCUCCGCCUGGGUAUUAUCGGCGACAUCCCGUGUUAAACCUGGGCGUCGCCGUAGCUCUGGUGGUGUCUUAUGCCGGUAUAGUCCCGGUGAGUGCCGCUGGAGUUACAGUAUAACGUGCCUCUGCCAGGAAGCUGCCGGCUUUCCCCGGGGCUCCACCUGGGCAUUACCGGCGCAAACGUUGGCUCUGCCGGGGCUUCAACGGAAUAAACCGUAGCUAGUCCGGGGUUGACCGGGACUCUGUCGGAUUGUUGACCGGCUUCAACCGGGUCGGCACCGGAUAAUAGUGUUACCGCGUUAAAACAUUUAUACGCAUCAUCCCGGUUUUCGCCGGUCGACCUGCGUUAGCAAACCGGGAUGGACCGGGUCGCUACCGGCAAAAGUGAGACUUGGGCUUAAAGUUACCUUAAAAGCAAUCUCACGCUGAAAGAUAAGAUAGAAAUAUACAACCAAGAUUUGUGAUUGGUAUUUUAUAAACCUUAUUGCGACUUCUUCCGACGAUAAUGUGAAUGUAAAAACUAUUUGAUGUUAUUUCUCUAAAAAUGUUUAAUAAAGCCAGUUCUGGAUUUCUGGUCUGUAUCUUACCAUUGAAUAGUUGAACAAUCAAAUUGUAAUGUACUCUCUUUUCCUGCUAUUUAAUUUGAAUUCUGAUAUCAGCAUAUGACUCAUUUACACUUAACAAUUUUUUAUAAUUCUGGGUCAAUUAUGAGGUUUGGAGCUCCUUAAAACUGACUUAAUUAAGUGCUUGUGCAUUGACCAUCGUUUCGUUUAUGGUUGUGCGUGUGUUGUGUACGUGUGUGUCCUGUUAAUUGCAUUUGUCAUGUGUUUCACUGUGCGUUUGAGAGGUAGGUAGUCUACAUCGGCAAACAAACAAAUAAAUAAAAACAAAUACCCGUGUAUUCGCAGGAAAUACAACAGUCCAAUUGUCAUCAAUACGUUCGUAUAUAUAUGGAACUGUUCUUAAUAUCCAUUUUUGCCGCGUAUUAAAACAUGCUGACGACGCGACGCUAUGUAUCAUAAAAUUCUUUAAAACAUUGUUUUAAGGUUACGAAACGCUGAACAUCCAUCAUCAAUUAUUAACAUCAAAUAAAUGGCCAAUAAGUUACGGUUUUGCUAACUUUAGAAUUGGGUAAAGAAGAUAUUUGAAAGUUGUUUACCACAGUGAUUAAUAUGUUCUUCAAUUAAUUAUGAAAUACCAUGUUCUCGCUCAAGUUGUUAUUCUCUUAGGGUGUCAUGUAAAACUCACUUUUCAUUUCAAUCAAACUAAGUGACCCGGCUACUGUGCCCUGGGCAUGGUAUAUAUAAUAGUUAGGCGUGCUCAAGAAAUAAAUAGAUGGUUGUAUAAAAACUAUAUCUUUCUUAAUAUUAUUGUUGUAUGUUCAGUUGAAGGGUUUUUAACCUAGCCGGCGAGUCAGUUGUAAAUUUCUAGAGUUGCGUAUCAUUCUUUGAACUUAUGCAGUUGAACUGACCAUACGUUUUUAGCUCUUGCAAACUUUCAAGCAAUUUUGUUAUACAGAGAAUCGAAAAAUAUACGUCCUAUUAAUAAAGCGAGUAGACCUAAUUACUGAGGCGUUUUAUUACGACAAAUUUCCAAAAAAAAAUUAUGUUUGAAUUUGUGAUAUUUUAAUAUUGACUACAAUGAAAGCAGCGCCGUGUCUUCUUUGCUUCGUCGUCUUCAUGUGCGAGUGCCACGUGAUCAGCAGCUACAAGAGCGGGGCGCCACCCAGUGCGUGCGUGGAUAUGUUCCCCGAGGGCCAUCGCGUGGACUCCCAGAACAGGACACCCCCCUACGUCAUCCUUGUGUCUUCUACAGUAUACCAGAAUGAGUGGGAGCUGAUAACAGUGAAAGUUAAUGCCCUGGACGGGUACUACAUUGCCGGGCUACUACUGCAGGCCCGGCGAUCGAACUGCUCGGACCCCGGACCUGUAGGCAUCUUUGAUCUGUCUAAGGCAGAUAGCUCAACGGUCCAAAAAUUCAAGACGAUGGAAUGCAUGGAACGCAAAGAUAGCGCAAUUACACACACACGCGACACGUCAUCGCAUCCUGUACGAGAGACGGUUUUCUCCUUCUUCACACCCGCAGCCAACGUGGGUCACUUCUAUUUCGUCGCCACCAUUGUCAAGACAAAAGACAUAUUCUGGACGGGUGUCACAUCUGACGUCAUACGGAAGCACGAAAACAACACGCCGCUGAUGACGUGCCCCAUGCGGACCCAGUAUGACCCGCACAACAUCAACACCACCCCUGGACCUUACGCCACCACCAAGAGUCCCCAUAGCGGCAGCACAUACCCGCACAACAGAAACACCACCCCUGGACCUUACGCCACUAGCGUGUCUCUACUGUUUCUAGCGACUUUGUUGCACUUGGUGUAUUUAUCAUAAGAACGAUGCACGACUCUUUUUUCAAGAAGAACUUCAAAUAAGUAUACAUUUUUGGAAAAGACUGACCAUUUUUUGCAUGAAAAUACACUGUAAUCACAUGCAAAAUGAGCCUAUGUAUUCCAAGCUUUGUACUGAUUGCGUGCCCUUUGUAGGACUUUGAUAUACGUUGCUACUAUGGAACCUUUUUCUGCCAGUAAGAUUUAAUGACUUGAAUGAGAAAAUACACUGUAUGCACGUGUAUAUGUAAAUGCGUUACUGGUCCAGUGGACUCGAUUUGAUCCUUUGAAUAUGUUUUGGUUUUAUAAAUAUGAUAACGCGUAGAAUUGUA